AUGCUAUCAUCUCUCAUCCUCGGCCUGCUCCCCGUCGUCUACGGCACAAUCCACAACACCACAUACGACGAAUACCCCGAUUGCGCCAUUACAUGUCUCUCCUACAACGGAACCGAAUAUCCAAACAACUUUGCCAACAAUUGCGACUACGCGAGCGGUGAAUGCUGUACGAGUCCGUACAAGGCCAUAAUCACAGCGACAUGGGAGUGUGUUUGGUCACACUGCGGGCAGGAAGAGUCUUUGGAGGCCUUUGAGAUAUUUGCCGACUUUUGCGAAGAAAUGAACCACCCGCUGAGGAAGGAUGACAUACCAACGGGGUAUGAGUCCGUUAUAGAUGUGACCGACGACGAGGAGGGUGAGGACAAAGACAAGGAUGACGACGAUAAUUUCGCUGGCACAGGCCUAUCAAAAGCCCAAAUUAUCGGCAUCGCAGUCGGAGCAGGCGUAACUGCAACAGUAACAGCUAUUGGUCUUGUUCUCAAGUGCUGUUUUGAAGAGCUGUGGAAUAGGUGUCUGGGGCGUGGCCGCUAUUGA